AUGCUAAAAAGCCUUCCCUCUAGCCUAAUUGGUUUUUUCUCCUCGAAUCAAGCAACAUUUAUAAGAUCGUUAGACUCCCGAAACCAAGAUAUCAUAGCGAACGAGCUCGAUUUAAUUCUGAAUGAAGCUAACUUCACAAGCUGAAUCUCUUCUGAGCCAAAAAAAGCUUUCAAAGUGCUUAUGAGCAUUGGAUAUCCAAGCUUUUUAGGAUAUGUUGAUUACUCCAGCCUCAAAGAUUUAGUUGAUUCAGAGUAUGCAGAUAUCGUUCUUGAGUUCCUUUGCAAAGUUAGCGCUGAUCUUCCAGAAUCUAUAAAGGAUAGAGUCAAAACAGAAUUAAUUAAGCUGCUGGAAGAGUUAGAUUGGGAGCAUCUUGAUCCUUAUGAUAUACUUUAUUAUAACACAGAAGACCAGUCUCACACACUAUUGUCUUUGCUGAUAACUUUCGGUAUAAGAUUUAAUCUAGAGGAAACUGUGAGCUUAAUAAAUAAUGAAAAAUUUAGAUUUUUCUUGGACUGAUUGAUCCAAGAAAAAGAUGACUUUUUAUGGGCAGAGCUUUAUUUACUUAUUAUGAGUAGCUUGGCUGAAUAUAAUUUUGCUCUAUUUUAUCGAUGCUGAAAUCGCAAAAGCAGCAAAUGAUAUUUACUGGCUCAAAAAAUCCGUUCAAGGCAAGAUUUGGUAUGCUUGAUGGAAAUCCUAGCAAAAUAUAAUUGUGUAUGAAUACCUGAAUUAAAAGAAGAUGAUACUUUUUUCCAAAAAAUUUGAAAUUUCAUGUUUGAUAUAAAUAAUGAGCACGAUAUAUCCCUCUUUUUAACAUUGUGCUCUCAGUCAGAUGAAUUUACAGUUUUUUGCUUCGAUAAGUUAAUUGACCUCUAUUCUGCUAAUCCAGAUAUUAACGAAGAUAAAAUCAUUACUGUACUCAGCUUGCACGAAAAAUUAAUGAUUUAUGCGAAUAUAGGCAGCUCACUUGAGUAUCCAAAAUUUGCCCAAAUUGUUGAUCAAUUGUUUAUAAAGGGCAAAACAAGCCGCUAUUUAAUCAGUUUUGUUGACAAUCAACUAAAGUCUCAAUUAUAUAUGAGUGACUUUUUAAAAAUUUACUUUUCGAGUCUCUCUCAUGGAGCUGCUGGAAGAGGAAAUGAAGAAAUUGUAACAAAGCAAAUGAUAAUAUAUACUUUAGCGAACAACGCCAGAGAAGGCGCAAAUGAAAGAGAGCUAAUAAUAAGUGAUUAUAUACGCUAUUUGAUGGAUUAUUUGGCAGAAAAUGUAUUCACACAUGAAGAGAUCGGAAAUUACCUCAAUUCAAUUAAGCAAAUUAUUCGUUACAUCCCAAGUUUGUAUGAAUAUAUAAUACAAUUAGCAUCAGAAAAGCUAAAAAAAGCAAAUGAUCAUCGCCAUACAUAUUUGUUUGCAGAAAUAGCUGAUAUAGCUUUAAAUAAGGACAUUGGAAUUCCAAAACAAAUAUUAGAAAUUUUUCAACAUAUAGCUGCAUAUCUCGAUAGUGGUAGAGAAGAAAGUGACAAAGACUAUUUGAAAAGCACAAUAGCUAACUACACAGACAGUCAAAUUAAAGAUAUUAAUCCUUUUAAAGUUAGGCAUGAGCAUCUAAAUGAUGCAACAAAAAUAGAGUGCUGGAUUCGCUCAGUAUUAAUCAAAAAAGGUGCUCCAAAUAUUAUGAAAAGAACACUUUUACCAAAUGAUAUUAAUUUUAUCAAACAGAUACUACAAAAAUUAGAAAACUCAUUUCCAUUUGAAAGUAUAUUCAAUAAUAAUAUUCCAUAUCCAAUUCGACUUUAUUUUGUGUCCCAUUUCAUGACCAUUUUUUCCAUGAAUCUUCAGCAUGGCAUUCAUAAUAAUAUUUUGACUGAAGCUAACUCUUAUGCUGCCAAAAUGAUUGGAAGUGUUUGUGAGCCUAUUUCUUUCUUUGAUAAAGUUCUUUUUUCAUCACUCGUGGAAUCUAACGUGGCACGCACCGCUUUUACAGAGUAUGGGUAUGAUCUUAGAAAUGCUAAAGGAUUUGAAGAAAAAACAUUUUAUGUAGAUUUACCCCGAAGAACUCAUGGAGUGACUGUCUUAGGAGGAGUCAUUCUAUUAAAUUUAGUCACCAAGGAGCAAACUCCAUUCUUUCAGUGUGUAAAAAUAAUCGCCUACUUGCAUGAAUUAGCGCAUGCUUUGAGAAAAACCGAAAAUGGCCUGUAUUCAUUUGAAAAUCAUACUCCAGAAAAAUCUGAACGAUUUUAUGAGGGUUACCCUAUGACUAAGAGAGAUGAUAACUUUCUGAAAGAAGCAGCAAAAAAAGAAGGAGGAAUGCAACUAGAGACAAUCUUGUUUGGGAACUUUGUAAAUAAAGUGAACGACGAACAGAUAAGCUUUAUUAAUGAUAUAACCAAUUGGAAUAUGAGUUUAGAUGAGUUUAAAUCGAAAUUAGCAAAGCUCAACUCCGGCUCAUCAACUUACUAUCAAUUAUGCAGAGAUCAGUACUACUCUAUUGAUAGAGCACCUCAUAUAAAUACUUCUUACUGAUGCUAG